CUCGCGUGCAGACGUUUCCAACGCUGCAGCUCGUAAACAAGUUUUUCCCAUCUCUCUCGCUUCGUUGUUUCGUAGAGCGCCGCGACUGCGCCAAGUGUUUCGUAACUUCGACAGAGCAGAGCAAAGCAAAAAGCAAAGCCAAAGCAAUUGCAAUUGUGUUGUUGCUGUUAGAGGAGAGUUGUGCCAGUUUCUUUAGACGCUUUUCAUUUCGUACGAAAUCGUGUAGUUACUAUAUUGUUGUUGUUGUUUGGUAUUUGUUGAAAUAUGGCCAAAUGCAUGCAUUGAGUGUUGAAAUUGCAAACGCGGCCAAGUGAUGUGCGCAACGCGUAUGCAAACUGUAACAAAGUUUGGACACAGCAGCAGCAGACGCCAGCGACUGGAUUAUUGGGAUUAUGAGAUCGCAUGUGGCGGUUUAUCGAGCGCCCGACAACGCCGCUGCCGCUGCCAAUGGCUGUCAUUAUGCUAGAUAUGCAUUGAAUGUGCCACCAACACAGCAGCAGCAACAACAACAACUGCAACAACAACAACAGCAGCAGCAGCAGCAACAUGCGCUUUGGAGCACAGCCCAGCAACCAGCAGCAGCCUGCUACAAUCUGCGUGCUAACUUAUAUCAUGCAACAGCAGCAGCUGCCAUGCAACACCAGCAACAACAACAGCAGCAGCAGCAACAUCAUCAUCACCAGCAGCAGCAGCAACAGUUGCUAGUUAACCAGUGCGCUGGCAUACCGCUCAUCUCCAAUGCCUGCAGCCAUUUGACACCUGCACAGCGUCAGCGACUGCUGCGUAAAGCUGCCAAACCUUGGCCGCCAGCAGCUGCAGCUGCUGCUGCAGUUGCUCCUUCUAUAAGCCGACUGGCAGUGCAUGCGCAAGGAUUGCCGCUGCUGCAGGCGCAAAAGCAACAGCAGCAGCCGCAGCAGCAACAUUUACCUUUGCACGCUUGGCCAGCUUAUCAGCCAGUGCGACAUAAUCUAAUGCAGCUAACGGAUAAAUCACGUGUGCUGCGUUAUCAAAACUCAGCGCCAGCAGCGCUUUGUCCGCCUGAACAGCAGCAGCAACAACAACAAUCGUUGAAAGAGGAGACAACAACUGCAGCAGCAACAGAAAGUUGCUUGCCACGCAUCAUAAAGCCACGCAAGCGACGCAAGAAGGAUCGCAAGCCUGCCAAUGGUGUGCUACUCAAAAUGGACGCUGAACUGCAGCCCAAAUUGCAACAGCAGCAACAACAACAACAGCAGCAGCACCAACUGUUGCCAUUGCAACAUGAUCACAGCCAUGGCGUUUGCUUUUGCCGUGACUGCGAUCCUUUGUUGUCGCCCUGGGAUUUCACGCUGCGUCGCUCGCACUCGAAUGCCUCAUCCAGUGGACAGGGCUCCAGUUCCAGCAGCACCACCUCUACUAACUCUGCGGACAACUCUUGCGCCAGCUCCAUUUGCUCGCAGAGCGUGCUGCAUGUUUUUGAUGAAACGGAACAUUUUGCGCCCAUCACAGGCGACAGCAGUCGCGCCGAUAUUGUAGGCGUCAUUGGCUCACAACGCAGCAGCGCAACAGCAACAACAACAAUUGCAGCUGCAACAUCAGCAACGGCUUGCCUAAGCGACUCGAAUGAUUCAGGCUAUGGGGAUAUCUUGAGCGGCAUGAAUAUUGCCAACGAUUUGUUUGCCAGCUGCUUUGGCCAGACAACAGCAACUGCAAAUGGCAGCAACGCCAACGCCGAGACGCUGCUGAAUGAAAGCAUCAACGAGAUCUCGCGCAAGCUCAUCGAAACAUGCGCCGUCAACGAACCAGCAACAGCAGCAGCAGCAGCAGCAGCUCCUCCUCAUCCUCCUGCUGCUGCUGCUGCCGCCAACAUUUAUGGAGACUGCAAUGGCGACAGUUGCUCGGCAUCCGCUUCGAGUGAUAGCGGCUUGGAUAGUGCUGGCAGCUACAACAGCGAGUCGCUUGUCUUUAGCUUUGAGCAUUUGAAUUUGAUGGAUACAAAUUUAGUGACGCCCACGGCAUUGGAUUACAACAACAACAACAUAGGCAGCAGCAGCAGCAGCAACAACAAGCAGCAGCAAUUUUAUAACAAUUGCUUCGACUUGGUGUGGCGCAGCAGUAACAACAACGACAACCAAGUGACAGCUGCCAAAGGCGUUGACAACAGUGCCACGCCCACGAGUCUAUUACUGGGCUCGGUUGGAAAAUUGAAGCCAGCAUUUUCCACCAUCUCGUGACGAGCAACUAAUCAACCCAAAAACAACAACAACACCACACCACAAAAAAAAAGGUUCACAGCUAAUUGCUAAACAAAAUUCAAAAAGAAAAGACAUCAACAAAAUGAAUGUGGGACGAACGACGUGUGGGCGUCUGUCUGGGUUACAUAAUCACGAAAACUUUAAAUUCGAAAAACGUAGCCUAAGCGCAGAGAAAUUGUAGAUUGCUCGAUAUGUGUGUGUAUUGCCCUCACACACACACACAAACACACACAUAUGUAUA